ACGUGGGCCCGAGAGAGCGAGAGGGCGCGGAGGGGGAGGAGGCGCUUCUCGAGGCUUUUACAGAUUUGAAGCAAAAAUCAAAACUAUUUUACAAUGACGACACUUGUCCAAACCUUAACACAUCACACUGAUGAUGUUAAUUGCUGUGCCUUCUCCUCCUCCUGUCUGGCAUCGUGUUCCUUGGACAAAACAAUCCGCCUUUAUUCAGUGAAGGACUUUUCCGAGCUCCCGUUCUCGCCACUCAGAGGUCAUAGUUACGCUGUACAUUUCUGCUGCUUUAGUUCUUGUGGAAAAUUUCUAGCUUCAAGUUCAACUGAUGGGACGACUAUCCUGUGGGAUUCUCGAGCUGGAGAGAGGUUGGCAAUAUUGAAACAGCCCAGUGGCAAUCCAGUCAGGGUCUGCAGAUUUUCUCAUGAUUCCACAUACUUAGUUUCUGGUGCAGCUGAUGGGACAUUGGCAUUAUGGGAUGUCCACUUAAAGAAACUUCGCAGGUCGAGCACAAUUGAGGAUGGAUCAGUGAUUGCCUGUGCCUUUCCUCCUGGAGUUAACAAUUUUGUGAUUGGCUCAACCUCAGGAGAUCUGACUCUAUGGGAUUGCCAAAUGAAAUGCCUCUUUAAUGUAAAGGAAGCUCAUGAUCUUGGUGUAACCUGCUGUGAGUUUUCACCUCAGCCAAUUAAUGAUAAUUCAGGAUCACCAAGUUUUCUGAUGGCUUCUUGUGGUCAAGACAAUAAAAUAAAAUUUUGGGUUAUGUCCCAAUUGCAUCCAUCAGGCUAUAAAAUUAGGAUUCGAUGCUCAUUAAAUCACCACACAGCUCCUGUUUUGUCAUGUUGCUUUUCACCAGAUGGACAGAUAUUAGUCUCUGGGUCAGUUGACAAGUCUAUAAUAAUUUGGAAUUCUAUGAGUGGAGCACCACUUUACACACUGAAGCAGCACACACGAUAUGUCACAGCGUGUGCAUUUGCACCUGAUCUUCCACUAAUUGCAACUGGAUCUAUGGACAAAACUGUAAACAUUUGGAGAAUUGGAGUCAAAAGUUAUUCUGGUGAGGAUUUCUCAGCGCAAAUUAAUCGCUCUUUUCAGCACUGGUCAGAAGAUGAGGUGGGUUCCUGGCUUUCUGCAGAAGGGCUUGAGGAUCUUGUUGAUGUUUUCAAGACAAAUAACAUUGAUGGCCAGGAAUUACUAAGUCUUACCAAAGAAAGCCUCAUUAAUGAUCUGAAAAUUGAGUCACUUGGACUGCGCAACAAAAUACUACGAAAACUUGAUGAAGUGAAGGUGCAAAUGGAAUCAGCUUCUACUGGUGUUCCAGACGAAUUCCUCUGUCCAAUAUCCAGGGAGGUUAUGACAGAUCCAGUUAUUGCUGCAGAUGGUUAUUCCUAUCAGCGAGAUGCCGUUGAGAGCUGGAUCAAUACUAAAAAACGUACAAGCCCCAUGACGAAUAUGCCUUUGCAAUCAUCAUUAAUAACACCUAACAGAACACUUAAAAUGGCUAUUGAUCGUUGGAUUGAUGCCCAUAAAGUGCUACAACUGCCAGCAAAACAAUUGAAUUAAGAAAAUUGGAAUUACCGUUGCCACUAAUUGCUGCAAUAUGGAAGUAAAAAUCCAGAAUAAGAUUACCAGGUUGGCACCCUGCUAGUUCAUCAAGCGGCUCCCAAACACGCACGAGUCUAGGUAGGUCUGUGUUCAAUCAGUGGUAUAUUUCAGUUUUUACUUGAAUUUUUUUGAUUUAUAGCAUAAAAUCAAGAAAUAUUCGUGUAUUAGGUUGGCCACCAAUGGUCUUAAGAUAACACUCCAAUGCAGUGCCGGGAUGUGUUGCAGGCGCUGUCUGUUCAUGUGGAUGUUAAAAGAUCCCAUGACACAAAUCGAAAAGAGAAGUUUCUCGCUGAAGGGCCAACAAAUCCCCAAAAUAAAAUCGGCCUCAUUUCACAGCUGUCUAUGGGGCUUUGCUGUGCUCAACCUGGCUGCUACGAUUCGCCCACAAAAUGCAGUCAUUCCUUCAGUGAAUUGCAUGAAGUGCUUCGAGAUGUCCUGAUGAUAAGGCACUAUAUCAAAUGCAAGGAUUUAUUAUUACUUUUAAAGCAACUAUAGCAAAUUUACAUAACCAACAUUAUUUAAUACAGCUAUAUACAUUAUGUACCUAUUUUCAUGUAUAUAUUUAAAUUAAAUGGUGUGCAAUCCAAA